AUGUCCACGUCGACCGCUCCCCGGGGCCCGCAUCGCCUCGAGAGCGACAUCAUAGGCUCGAUGCUCAUCCCUCGAGACGCGCUGUACGGCAUCGCGACCGCGCGCGCGAUGGAGAACUACGACAUCACCGGCGUCAAGCUCAGCGCGUACCCGGACUUCAUUCGCGCGUUCGCGUUCGUCAAGAAGGCGUGCGCGCGCGCCAACUUCGAGAUCGGCCUCCUCCCUCGAAACGUCCACGACGCGAUCGCGUCCUCGUGCGACGAACUUCUGAAGGACGACGCGCUCCACGAGCACUUCACCGUGGACGUCAUCCAAGGCGGCGCCGGGACGAGCACGAACAUGAACGCGAACGAGGUGAUCGCGAACCUCGCGCAGCGACGCAUGGGCCUCCCGCUCGGGGACUACUCCGCGGUGUGUCCGAACGACCACGUGAACUUGUGCCAGAGCACGAACGACGCGUACCCGUCCGCGGCCAAGCUCGCGGUCGUGUUCAGGCACACGUCUGUGGUGCACGCGCUGCGCGAGCUCAUCACGUCGUUGCGCGCGAAGGGCGACCAGUUCGGCGGCGUCAUCAAGAUGGGUCGAACGCAGCUCCAAGACGCGGUCCCGAUGACGCUCGGGCAAGAGUUUCACUCGUUCGCGUCCACGCUGGAGGCGGACCUCGCGUUCAUGCAGCGGAACGUGGACCAGCUGUACGAGAUGAACCUCGGCGGGACCGCGAUCGGGACGUCGAUAUGCGCGGACGCGCGGUUCAGCCACGAGGCGGUGAAGGCGCUGAGCGAGCUGACGCGUCUUCCGUUGCAGUCGCCGAAGGACUUUAUCGAGGCGUCGUCUUCGACGUCGUCGUUUCUGCUCUUCAGCAACAUCUUGCGACGCGUCGCGGUGAAGGUGAGCAAGAUAUGCAACGACCUGCGGCUGCUCUCGAGCGGGCCGAGGUGCGGGUUCAACGAGAUCAACCUCCCCGCGGUGGCGCCCGGGUCGUCCAUCAUGCCGGGCAAAAUCAACCCCGUCAUCCCGGAGGUCGCGAACCAGGUGUGCUUUCAAAUCAUGGGCGCGGAUCAGACGAUCGCGACGGCGUCCGAGGCGGCGCAGCUGCAGCUGAACGUCUUCGAGCCCGUGAUCGUGUACAACCUCCUGAACAACCUGAAAAUCAUGACGAACGCGCUGAACACGUUGCGGACGAAAUGCGUCGACGGCAUCACCGCGAACGAAGACGCGUGUAAAAAGUCGGUGGACAACAGCAUCGGAAUCGUGACCGCGCUGUUGCCUCUGAUCGGGUAUAAGAAGGCCAGCGCGGUCGCGAAGGAAGCGCUGGAGACGGGCGCGCCGGUCGCGACGAUCGCGGCGAAAUACGCGCCCGCGGAGAAGGUGAAGGAGUACCUCAAGGUCGAGGCGAUGACGUGCGCGGGGACGAUCGAGGCGCGAGGGGUGUGCCUCGACACGCCGCCGCCGCCCGCUGAGGAGGUCGCGUGA